ACUCAUCUCCAGUUUACCUGCGUCUCACUGAACCUACCUGUGUCUAGAAAAACAAGCACUACCUCAACACCGACCACACAGAACUGGCAAUGAAGUACAACAACACAGAGGACAUCAUGAAGACACUGGAAGAGGCUCCAGAAGCACAGAAAGCUCUCCUGGACAAUCAAAGCAAUCUCAACAAGGUGGCUGACUACUGUGAAAACAAGUUCUCAAAUGCGGAAGACACAACAAAAGCAGUGGAGGAAUCCAAAGCUCUUACCACUCAGGCCUUGGCUAGUGUCGCUUACCAAAUCAACACACUGGCAGCGAGUGUACUGAGACUGCUGGAUGCACAGACUGUUCAACUGAAGCAGAUGGAGUCAUCAGUCAAUAUUCUCAGUAUGACCGUGGACAUGUACAAGGAGAAAGUAGCGCGUCAGGAGAUCGGCGUGCUGACUGCUCCAUGUAAAAUCCCAUAUGUUCAGAAGAUGGUUCCUCCGGCAAGACCUGAAGAACCCAACCUUGAAUACGAGCGUGUCCCGAUAUCCUACACCAGUCUAGACUUGAUCGGACAUGGAGUCUGGGACGGAACCAAAACGGCAUCAAUGAAACCAGAACCACAGUCAAGUUUGCAGGAAGGAGGGCAACAUUUUAGCUCUGGUGCUGGCAUUGCUGUUCCUCCACCUUCGGUUCCCAACUGGGUUGGUUUAAAGCCCACAGCUUCUUCAUCCACACCAUUCACACCAGUCUCCUCCCUGUCACAGCCUCAGAGUUUCUCCGAAGAUACACCACCACCACCACCACCACCACCACCUCUUUCACAAUUUGGUGAUGCCGAUAGGCUUCCACCUCCACCACCAAUUUUUCCACAAAGUAGUCCAACAGCUGUAUCUACACCAGCUCCUUCUCCUUUUAGUUCUGAUUUUAGAGAUUCAUUCUUACCACCACCCCAAACUGAGUUCAUGGCCCCUCCACCACCACCACCUUCACCUCCUCCUGCUGAUUCGUUUCCACCUCGUUCGCUUGGAGGUUCUUUCCCACCUCCCCCACCCGUACCUCCAGAGUUUGUAUCCAUGGCUUCACCAGCCUCUCCAUUUCCUCCUCAAAGUACCGGAAGGGGUCACGUUGCACCACCUCCUCCACUUCGCUCUACUCCUGGUGGGGGAUGUGCUCCUUUACCUCCUCCUCCUCCUGGACAAAGUAUUGCUCCACCUCCACCUCCAUCUUCUCCUGGAAAAGCCUUCAUUCCUCCUCCUCCCCCUCCACCAACAUCUCCAACUGCUCCUGGAAAAUCAUUCAUUCCCCCUCCUCCACCUCCAGCUGCUCCUGGAAAAUCCUUUAUUCCUCCUCCUCCUCCACCACCACCAUUCUGAACCCUGGAACUUACAUUUUCUAAGAUAUUAGUGGUAACCCACUACCGUAUUCUCCAGACCAUAGCUGUACAUACAUCAUUCAAGACUUGCUAAAGAUGAAUAGAACAUUUCAUGAUAAUAUGUCACAUGGUUACAUUACAAACGCAGGUGUACCUUUUCAUAGCUGCUGAACUAUCAAACUUCCACUAUCAAACAAAUCUUCUAAUACAACUUAACCUUAAUAAUAGCUACAAAUUGAAUCUUAAACUAAUUAAAAAUGAUAAAUUAAAUUGCCAAAGGUAUGUGGACACAUCACACAUUCCGGACAUUGUUUAUGCUAAUAAUAAUCACACAGUUCUAUCACUGAUUUGCAUUCUUAUAUACAUUUUUAAGAUGUUUUCUUACAAUUUCUUUUCCAACAAACGACUGAACUAGCAUUACAGUACACAUUACAGUUGUUAUAGCAAACAAGCUAAUAACCGAACUAGCAUAUUAGCAAACUAAGGAGUGAACAAGCAUUAUAGCAAACAAGCUAAUGACUGAACUAGCAUGAUAAUAAACAGGCUAACGACUGAACUAGCAUUAUAGCAAACAAGCUAAUGAGUGAACUAGCAUUAUAAUAAACAGGCUAACGACUGAACUAGCAUUAUAGCAAACAAGCUAAUGACUAAACUAGCAUUAUAAUAAACAGGCUAACGACUGACCUAGCAUUAUAGUAAACAGGCUAAUGACUGAACUAGCAUUACAAUAGGUAGGCUAACAACUAAACUAGCAUUAUAACAAAUAAGUUAAUGACUGAACUAGCAUUAUAGUAAACAAGCUAACAAAUGAAUUAUACACUUUUAUUAGAUAUUAUACAAAUGUAUAAAAAGUCCUAACAAAAUUUAAAACUUCUUACCCUUAUUCAUGAUAACAUUUCUGAAAUGUUGUAUUGUAUAAUAGAGAUAUAAAAGAUUUAUUUGAUCAACCUGUCUGUCACACAUUAUUACUGAUGUAUUAAAGUUUCAAAUUUUCAUUCAGCUCAGUUAUACAUAACCAUAGCCAGAUCUUUCCUGAGAAAUUAUUAAAGAAUUGAAGCUUCUUGUUAUAUUAUAUAAAAUUCUAAUUAUAUAGUAUUGUUUUAUAUACACAUAUAUGUUUUUUUUUUAAAAUAUGUUGUUAGCUGAGUUAGAAAAGUCAAUUCUUCUACACAUAUGGAAUAAGUGAAUACCUGCUUUUUCUGUAAGUGUUCUUUACUUUUAAACGUUGUGUAUUAUUUGUAUUAGUUCAUUCUCAGUGUAACACACGCUGACACAGAGGCGUGUUUCCGACCAAAAAUAGUCCAUGGUCUAAAAACUUCCAGCUCACAACAUUCCUGUGGACAGACACAUGGAGGAUGACAAGAUGGCCACCACAUGAUUCAGGGUGUGCCAACAAGUCUGUAAUAUAGUAACGAGUAAACCACAAGCACAAUAAUGCUGCUGUGUCCAAACCACACGUACAAACAACACACCCAGACACACACUAUCACUGCUGUACUCAAUAUUCAUUACAGCACAGUGAAAUUCUUUUUUCACGUAUCCCAAGUUUGGGGUCAGAGCACAGGUUCAGACAUGAUAUAGAACCAUUGGAGCAGAGAGGGUUAGGAGUCUUGCUCAAGGGCCCAAUUGUGGCAGCUUAGCAGUGUUGGGGCUUGAACCCUGAUCCUCUGUUCAACAACCCAGAGCCUUAACCGCUUAAGCCAUCACUGCCCCAAAAAGUAACAUUCGUGGGUGGAAUAGAAGUGGGACACGGACACACCACAUGCCAUGUUAAAUUGAGUGUGUGAAUGUGUGUACAUCGUGCCCGAUGGCCUCUAAUGAACCGGGGUCCCAUCCGAGGUGUAUUCCCACCUCGUGCCUGUUGUUAAUCAAAAAUACAGCAAUAAAUAACCAGUCACGCUUAAAAUUCAGCUUAGUUUGAUCAGGUGCUAAAACAUAGGCUGAGCUGGUUCCUCUGGGUUCUUCAGUUCCCAUUACUAACCCAAAGACAUGUGCUGUAGGCUGAUUUGCAUCUCUUAACUGUCUGCAGUGUGUCUGUGUGGUUAUCCAGGGUCACCUGGUCAGGCUCCUGGAUGCCUGCAACUCUGUGUAGGAUAAGUGCUACAGAAAAUGGAUGGAUAGAUAUAAGUGUAGUCAAGUAAUAAGGAUGCAGGAAAAUAACUCGCUUUUAGUAGUUGGUCCGCUACAGUCAUUGUACGUAAUACAUUGGAUACUGAGUGAAUAAAUGGCAUAUUCAGACACUUUACCAUGUGUUGUAUAAAUAAAUUGCUGGAGUUUCCAAACUCA